ACUUUUUAAACAUUUCCGUUUAAAAGUUGAAUGUUCCAUGUCGUCUACCCAAUCGUGCAUCGUCACAAGCGCGAACCACCAAUCACGAUUCUGGAUGAUAUUCGUCGUUCAAAGAUGGAAGUUCUAAUUGGAUGAAAAUAAACAAUAAUUUCUUUUUCGUCCUUCCCGUGGCCCGUGGACAGCAACAGGUUCUAGGCCUAGAGGAAGGGUUCACAUCUGAUUUAAGUGAAGUUGAAAUUGCAAAAAUGCCUGCACCAGAAGCCGAUUGUAAUAAUCGUAAGGCUAACUUUAAAUUCAACAAUAAACAUGAGGAGGCACGUAGAAGAAGGAGUGAAAUAUCUGUUGAACUGCGUAAAGCAAGAAAGGACGAGCAAUUGUUAAAAAGACGAAACUUAAAUGUAGGCAAAGAAUUGGAACCUACUAUAGAAGAAAAUCCUGCCUCUCCAGUUUCAACCACCAUUGAACAGAUUGUUAAUGGCAUGAAAUCAUCAGACCCGACAAUUCAACUUCAAGCAACACAAGCAUGCAGAAAAAUGCUAAGCAGAGAGAAAAAUCCACCAAUAGAUAAUAUGAUACAAAGUGGAAUGGUGCCAUUAUGCAUUGAAUUUUUGGAUUUUCAUCACAACACUGCACUACAGUUCGAAGCAGCUUGGGCUUUGACUAAUGUAGCAUCCGGUACAUCUGAACAAACUCAUGUCGUUAUUAAACAUGGUGCCGUACCAAAAUUGGUCGAUUUGCUAAAAUCUCCGUCAUCAAAUGUCGCUGAACAGGCUGUAUGGGCACUUGGAAAUAUUGCUGGAGAUGGACCAACGGCUCGUGAUCUGGUCCUUGGAUACGAUGCCAUGCCACGAUUGUUAAAUUUAAUUACGCCAGAGACUUCUGUAAUAUUUGCUCGUAACAUCGUUUGGACGUUAUCCAACUUAUGUCGCAAUAAAAAUCCGCCACCUCCAUUCCAAAUAGUGAGAACUGCUCUUCCAGUGUUAAAUCGUCUACUGAGUAACAAUGACAAGGAUAUACUUGCUGACGCUUGCUGGGCUCUUUCAUAUCUUACGGAUGGCUCUAACAGUAAUAUACAAGCAGUUGUAGAUUCCGGAGUUGUACCCAAACUUGUACAGUUAUUGACUUCAACUGAAGUAACAGUUUUGACACCUGCACUACGAGCUGUCGGAAAUAUAGUUACAGGUGACGAUAUUCAAACAGAUGCAAUAAUAGCAGCUGGUGGUUUGCAACAUUUGGGAUUAUUGCUUCAACAUCAUCGCAUCAAUAUUGUUAAGGAGGCAGCCUGGACUAUAAGUAAUAUUACUGCUGGUAAUAUGGAGCAGAUUCAACAAGUUAUUAAUGCUGGAUUAUUACCACCUUUGAUACAAGUUUUACAAUCUGGAGAUUUCAAGUCUCAAAAAGAAGCAGCUUGGGCGGUGACAAACUUAACUUCGAGUGGUUCGGUACAGCAGCUGGCGCAGUUAGUACAGAUGGGAGUGCUUGGACCAUUCUGUAAUCUUCUGGAAGCCAAGGAUUGGAAAACGACUGUUGUCGUUCUUGAUGGUUUAAAUAAUAUCUUGAGCGCCGCACAGAAGAUGAAGGAAGUGGAUCGGGUAGCUAUUAUAAUAGAAGAAGUUGGCGGCCUGGAUAAGCUGGAAGCCCUUGAGCAUCACGCUGUAGAAGAAGUGUAUCAAAAAGCAGUUGCAAUGAUAGAUAGCUUCUUCUCAGAAGGGGAUUCUGAAGAAGCUGCAUUGACUACAGCUACAACGGCGGAAGGUCAGCUGGAAUUUAAGUCGACCGAAACAGCACAAACUGAGUUCAACUUUUAAAAUUCUUUAACCGCGUCUUGUAAUAAUACUUAAAGUGUGUUUUAGUUUAUCCUGUAAAUAUGUUUGCGCUUUUUGCAAGCGAAAAUAUUAAGGCACGAAUUCUCUAUCUUUUUCGUAUGAUACUUAAUUAAAAUGUUGUGUGUUCAAUGACAA